GGCAAGAAAGUCCCUCCUCCAGGGCGGAGACAGUUCCCUGCAGAAGACGCCCGGGGUCAGAAGCGGGGCCACUAGUCAGAGGCUGCCACCACCGUGGGCUCGCUGAGACCUAGAGGCUGCCAGCCUGCGGGGAAUGGGGUGCCAUGGCCAUGGCCGGCUACAAGGGCUUCCUGGGGCUGCUGGUGUCGGCGUUGCUGGUCGGCUUCCUGUCGGUGAUCUUCACCCUUAUCUGGGUCCUGCACUACCGGGAGGGGCUCGGCUGGGACGGAACAGAGUUGGAGUUUAACUGGCACCCGGUGCUGCUCAUUACUGGCUUCGUCUUCAUCCAGGGCAUCGCGAUCAUCGUGUACAGACUACCAUGGACCUGGAAAUGUAGCAAGCUCCUGAUGAAGUCCAUCCAUGCAGGGCUAAACACCGUGGCUGCUAUUCUUGUAAUUAUUUCUCUGGUGGCUGUUUUUGAUUUCCACAAUGCCAAGAAUAUCGCCAACAUGUACAGUCUGCACAGCUGGGUUGGACUGACAGUUGUCAUCCUCUACAUACUACAGCUUUUUCUAGGUUUUUUCAUAUUUCUACUUCCUUGGGCUCCACUUUCUCUCCGAGCACUUCUUAUGCCCAUACAUGUAUACUCUGGACUUCUCAUCUUUGGAACAGUGAUUGCAACAGUCCUUAUGGGAGUGACUGAGAAGCUACUUUUUAUGAAAAAUUCUUCAUACUCUUCAUUUCCACCAGAAGGUGUUUUUGUCAAUACCCUGGGUCUGCUGGUUCUGGUGUUCGGAGCCCUCAUUUUUUGGAUAGUUACCAGACCCCAGUGGAAACGUCCUAAAGAACCAAACUGUGCCCUUCUUCAGCCAAAUCGAGGCACUUCAGAGGGAGUGGAAGGCUCCAUGGCAAUGAACUCUGGCAAUGUGGACAAAUCAGAUUCAGAAUUAAACAGUGAAGCAACAGCAAGGAAAAGAAACUUCAUGCUUGAUGAUGCUGGACAAAGAUCUACCAUGUAAAAUGUAGAUAUGUAGCAGUAUACCUUCACUAAACAAACAAACAAACAAACAAAAAACUAGCUUUAUAGUUUAGCCAUUAGAUUAUUGAACUCCAUAGAAUCAAUAUUCUAAUUAUAAUCAAUAUUCUAAUUAUUAGAAUUUCUUGUAGAGUUUGUAAUGGUCAAGUCUUAUCAAAUAAUCUGAAUUAGAAAGGAGAUGAUCAACGUAAGUAACAGCCAAUAUAAAUCGAGCCACUCUCUUUUUCAGGACCAAGGCAUUUAACAGGGUGCCUUCCACAGAACAGAGGAUCAAACUGUGUCUGUCAGUUGAAUUUGAUAAAGUAGCAGCAACCCUG